GAUUUACCCCACCACCAACCUCAUAGCUUCAGGAACGAAUGUACAACAGCUUCUAAUGGUGACAUCAAAGCUAUAUACGACUGCGGAAAUGGCAUCUUCGUCUCUACUGAUAUAGGCGAGAUUUUUGGGGUGGGUAGCGUCGCCUUGACCCUCCAAAGCUGAUCUCCAAUGCGCCGAGAUCACCACCAGGACGACAGUGAUCCGAGGCUCUCCUAUGAGGGACACCACUAACGUAUAACCCCAAUUCCUAUUUAUAUUCUUCCUCUCCAUCUGAGAAGGUCCUUGGUUGUCAAAUAUCUUCUGGAUUUCCCUCGCCCUUUCACAACCAUGGAACCUAUCUAUCAAUCGCUGACAGAGCGCGCUCUAGCCCUGAAGUCCAAAAUCGAUUCUGACACGAACCAAAAUCGAGUGGUAGUCAUCCUCGCCGGUCCGCCUGGCUCAGGAAAGUCCAUGAUAGCGCAGCAUGUUGUCGAACGACUAAAUAGCACAUGUGCGACGCCAUUUGCCUCCGUAGUCCCCAUGGACGGCUUCCACCUCCCUUUAUCGACCCUCGAUCGAAUGCCCAAUAGAAGCGAAGCCUACGCACGGCGCGGGUCGUCCUGGACAUUUGAUGCUGCAGGUGUAUCAAACUUGGUUCAAACACUCUCCAAAUCGCGCUUCAAAUCACCAGAUAAAACGGAGACCAUACUAGCUCCGAGUUUCGAUCAUACCGCGAAAGAUCCAGUGGAGAAUGGCAUUGUGAUCGGGCCGCAUAUAAAGUUCGUGCUGUUGGAAGGCAACUACUUAUUAAUGGAUGAAGAACCUUGGAGGAAUAUUAGGGAACUGGUGGACGAGAGCUGGUUUGUGGAUGUUGAACCUGAGUUGGCCCGAAUUCGCAUCGCGAAGAGACAUGUCAGGGCUAGAAUUGAAAAGACCAUGGAUGCAGCAUAUCGGAGGGCGGAGGGUAAUGAUCUACUCAAUGGAGUGGAGAUCAGGAGGAAGCUGAGGAAGCCUGAUGUUUUGGUGCAGAGUGUCGAGGAAACAGCAUGACCGAAUCCAUUACAGAUUACCUUGUCUCGCUAGGAUACAAAUAUGAAAGUUUUCAAACCACUCCAAGGAGCCUUUUUUCGAAAGCGCUUUAAAAUGGGCAGAUACCAGCAUCUUAAAUGUUGGAACUUGCCCGUUUUCCGUAUCAUGUGGCCGUCAAUGCAGCCAAGCAACUGUUUCCUUAUAUGGACCCAGACUUCGCGUCUUGUCUGUUCAUUCUCCUAAGAUCUGGGCUUUAAAUCUCCGAUCCACCACUUUAUUGCCAGUAUCUCUGCGCCACUGGCUUCUAAGUUUCUAGUAUCAGACAUCCACGCGCAGUCAUGUUUGUGCGAAUCAUCCACCUGACAAAAAUAUCAGGCGACUCUCCAUCCAAGUAGAAUAUUUUCACCACCGUACGACUUUUUUGCC